CUUUACCAUCUGUGGCCAACCGAAUCGAAUCCAUGUCUCUCUGUUUCUACGCUACAUAUGCAUCAUACUUUGAAGAAUCACCACCAUGAGAGAAACAGCUUCCCCCCUUUUCCUUCACAAUCCUAUCACCAUUUUUGCAGAAAAUAUUCUCUUAAAAAUUUCACUGAUAAAACCACCAUGACAAUCUCCGACACCGGCAACCCCGCGCAUGUCCUCGUCUUCCCUUACCCAGCUCAAGGCCACAUGAUACCGCUCCUCGAUUUGACCCAUCAGCUCGCCGCCCGUGGCCUCGCCAUUACCAUCUUGGUCACCCCAAAAAACCUUCAUCUCUUAAAUCCUCUUCUCUCCCGCCACCCUUCAAUCAAAACCCUUGUUCUUCCUUUUCCCUCUCACUCUCGUAUUCCUAAUGGCGUAGAAAACUCCAAAGACUUGCCCGCAGAUUACGCUGUUACUAUGAUUCAUACCCUCGGUGAGCUUUACUCUCCUCUUUUAAAAUGGUUUAGAAAUCAUCCUUCACCGCCGGUGGCUAUUAUCUCCGAUAUGUUCUUGGGUUGGACGAAUAAACUAGCCACUGAGCUUAAUAUUCGCCGCCUUGUAUUUUCUCCAUCCGGGGCCAAGGCUUUGUCUAUCAUUUAUUAUUUAUGGAGAGAAAUGCCGAAGUUGCAGAAUGUUGAUGAUCCGGCGGAAGUUUUUACGUUGCAGAAGAUUCCAAAUGCUCCGAAAUUCCCUUUGUGGCAGAUUUCUCCGAUAUAUCGGAGUUAUGUUGAAGGCGACCCGGUUUCGGAAUUCAUUAAAGAAGGGUUUCUAGCAGACGUCGGUAGUUGGGGACUCGUGGUCAACUCGUUCAGUGACUUAGAGCGGGUUUAUUUGGACCAUCUCGUUGAGGAAAUGGGCUGUGAGCGGGUUUGGGCCGUCGGCCCGUUACUCCCUCCGGAUGAUGAUUCAUCUGGCCCCACUGAACGAGGUGGAUCCAGUUCUGUUUCGGUUGAUGAUGUGUUAUCUUGGCUUGACAGGUGUCACGAUCGGAAGGUGGUGUAUGUGUGUUUUGGGAGUCAAGCUGUGUUGACCAAUCAGCAGAUGGAGGAGCUAGCACUGGGGUUAGAUAAAAGUCAGGUUAAUUUUAUAUGGUCCGUUAAGGGUAUCACAAAAGGCCACGUGGAGGGAAUCUACGGCACCAUCCCACCAGGGUUUGAAGAUCGUGUGGCGGGGAGGGGAUUUAUUAUUAGAGGCUGGGCUUCACAAGUAUCCAUACUGAGUCACCGCGCCGUGGGUGCCUUUUUGACUCACUGUGGUUGGAACUCGGUGAUCGAAGGGCUUGUAAGCGGUGUGGUGAUGUUGGCGUGGCCGAUGCGAGCUGACCAAUUUGCGAAUGCGGAGUUGUUGGUGGAUGAGUUGAAGGUGGGAAUAAGAGUGUGCGAGGGUGCACAAACUGUUCCAAACUCAAGCGAGUUGGCCAAAGCGGUGGCGGAAUCGGUGGGUGAAAACCGAGUUAUGAGGGAACGAGCCAUGGAGUUGAGUAAGGCGGCUUUUGAGGCAAUUAAAGGCGGAGGCUCAGCUAAGGAUUUAGAUGGGUUGGUGAAGCAUGUUAGUGGACUGGAAGUUAUGAAAAUAAGAAGCAUGGAAACGUGAAGGAAUAAAAAAUAAUAAUUUCCCUUUUAAGAGAUAAAAAAGGCAUAUUUGAAAUACUAGCAAAACGAUACUUUUGUAUUAUUCGGAAGGGUACUUAGUUUGAAUAAUAUUUUAUUA